UCUCAUGGCGGCCUCUUAGAACAGGAUUUGACAUGAUUUACACAUGUCGAAUUAUAUAAUAACUAAUUAAGAAGACACUUGUUGUUUCCAAAAGUGAAGAUGGUGUAGGUCAGGAAAGCCGAGGGUCACUUCUGUCCUGCAGCCAUGAAGCUGGACAUCGAUGUGUUGGCCUCAACCAGCAUCAAGCGCAGGAAGCCAUGGCCACAGAUUGUCUGGGCAGGGCAGGAGAAGGAGAGCCUGUUCCUCCUUGACAUCGGGCGGAUCAGUGUGCUGUUCGUGCCAUCAGGCAAGACAAAGAGGAAGGUUCCAGCAUUAUCUCCCCUUGUUGGGGAAGCAGUCCAUCUCACACAUACAAAGAAUGGUCUGUUCCUGGUGGGUCUGAUGCGGUCUGGAGAUCUGUUUGUGUGGCACAAAGACAGGGACAGCCUGAAGAUGGUGACAGGACUCGUGAACCAUGUCUCCAUAGACAAACUCAAACCAGGCACCAGCAAGUUGGUUGUGGCAGAUGACUGCUCCCGGGCCCUGGUUGUCGUCAACUGGUCUCAGAUCUUCCUCUGGCAACAAGACCCAAACGAUAGUUUCGGGUCCACUAAAUCAGCUACACUGGCAGGGGCAUGGACACGGGUGAACAUCCCCAACAAGAUUCCCCUGGCGUCACCAGAGUGCCGGGAGACCAGUGUAGCCGCCAUCUUCUACUCCAGCCAGGUUCUUGGUGAAUGCUGCCAGUGCUCCCUGACCUUCAACAAUGCAGACAAGCUGUGUGUGACGACAGUCUUAUUGAGAUUCUCAGAGUUGCACAACAUAUACAAGGACAGUGUUCCCAGUUAUCACACAGAGUGGAGCUGCAUUGAGUAUCCUGUACAGAACAUCAGCACUGGCUGUCAGCCAAUCAACACGAAGGGAGCCUAUGUCACAUGCUACUCACAUGAUGGUCAGGUGAUAGCUGUAGCAGCCAAUCAGAAGCGUCCAUCUGACACAAGUCUCCUGUUCUUGUCACCACUGACUGAGACUGUCCUUGUGUCAGAAAUGAAGGACUGUGGCAUCCAAAACGCUGACCGGAAGUUUGGAAGUUGCUACUGGGUGUCCUCAAUGUCCUGGACCUGUGACAAUCUGUUUCUGGCAUGUAUUCUACGGAACGGUUCCAUUUGUUUGGUGUCCCGGCUUGGGGAGCCAAUCAGCAUUCAGACGUCGGGCUGCUCUAUUGACCUUGGUCCAUCUCGCUUCAUCCCAAUACACCCCGUCAUUAGAGUUCAACAAGAAGGUGAAACUGAGCCAGUCUUGGAUGAACAUGGAGAUGACCCCUUACAGCAGAUAUUCUCCGUGUCCACACACCCCUCCCUUCCCAUCAUCCUCUUCUCCGAUGGCUACAUGGUGACCGUGGUCCAACUGCCAUGUGACACAAGAUGCAUGGCCUUCAUGCGCGACCUUGUCUUUGAGUCGUCAAAACAUCUUAAGUGGAUACAGGACCAAGAAGGAAUUGAUAUGACUCUAGCAAGUCCAUACAACUUGCCGGUGGACAGAGCCGAACACGACAGAAUGGUGAAUCGGAAGAGGGAGAGAAUGUUAGCAGAGUCAAGAUCAAGACCUCAAAGGUUGAAAAAUUUACGGUACAGUUUUGAAGAUUUGACAGGAUCUUUAAAUGACACUCAGGACAGUGAAGUGAGUGCUGUGUUGGACGACGGCUUCGGUCAGUUUGGUGCUAUGCAGAACCUCAGCUCAGGGAAGAUUAUGUUUGGUGAGCCGGAGAUGAUGAUGGCGACUGUGGACUCUUCCUAUCUCAGCAUGGCGGAACAGGAGGCUGUAGCUAAACGGAUGCAGGCAGCAAAAGUUGCUCUUUUCAUGUCAUGGAAGCUGGCAGCAUCACACAGUGACAUUUGGACAUCUGAUCUGGACCGUGUAGCUAAGUCGAUCGCACAGAACAUGGUCAAGAUGUUUUCCCUGAUCCUGAACUGUCCGCCGGUAAGUGAAAUGAUAAAUCCGUCCGUCCAGUCUCCGGCCAUCCAGAACAGCGGCUUGUUCCAGGUGAUGACGAUGUAUCGGCAGAUGCUGGACCUGUUGCAGUUUGACGUGCUCCACCAGCACCUUACUCCAGUCUCACUCCAGCUCAUGCACCACACGGCCAAGCUUGUCCUGGACAGCCCAGGUCUAGACCAGCUCGAUCCUAGACUGAAGACGUUGUCUGGAUGUUACACGCUGCUUAGGUUCUCGGAGAAGACGUUCAACAAGACGUAUGUGUGGCUUCCCAAGUCGGUGUCCUCCAAGCCCUUCACUCCGCGGUCAGGGCUAGGAGGGGCUGAUCAGUACCAGCAGGGGCGGAUUGAGGGGGUGGACAACACGGCAGCAUCCCAGCUGCUGUCCAAGAGACUGUCGGCGACCUGGAUGAUGCUGUACAAGAACCUGGUGCACUUCCAGACCCACCAGUGUCAGAGUGAGGCUGAAUACAGACAGGCCCAGAACCUCAUGUGUCAGAUCCAGGAGACCAUGCAGCAUAUGGAGACACCCAUACCCCAGCAGGUGUCUCCCAGGAUCAGCCAUGGUGACAGACACAGCCUUGACGGCCACCACACACAGGCUGUGAAUGCAUGGAGCAAGCAGCUCAAGGCUAUUGGAGCCAAGGAGGACAGUAACAAGGCCGCCCGACUGUUACACUCCCUGCUGUACACGUACCUCAUACGAGGGGAACUGCUCACUGCCGUCGACUUUGUGGACAGCCUCAUUCUGAGAGCCAACGUCCCAGUAGGGGUGGACCCCGAGCACUUGAACAGGACAACAUCCUCGGACAGUCGACUACCCCUGAUGACCAUAGUGGCCAGUACUCUCAAGACACUGGCAUUUGACAGCCCGGACAUGGUUCCUUGUAUCCGGGACAAGAGUAUCCGACAGCUGGUUCAGACCAUGGCACGAUUCAUGGCAGCGUACUUCUCCAACCAGACAGUCUACGUCUUCCCUCCCCACAACCCACAACCUCUCCCCGCCAUCCACUUUGAAGCAGCUGUUGUCAACAAUCGGAUCAUUCCUCAGUACCACGAAGACAUCACGGGCGUGAUCCGACAGCACAAGCUGGGCAGUGUGUGGACCGUGGAACGCACUCUGGAGUAUCUACUGCUCAGUGGCCUGGCUUGUGAGGCCACGUGGUUCGCUGACAAGAUGGGUGACUGGAAGGCUGCUUUCCUGAUGGCUGUGGGUUGUGUUCAGCACCAUUUCACAGCCCCCAAAGUCUAUGAGAAAAAGAGGAAACCGCUGACACUUCCUGAUUCCCUGUUGCCUGGCAACAUAUUACAGAGGAAGCUUGGCAUGCUUCUGGGAGAGACGUCAAGUGAGGCACUGAGCAAGUCUCGACAGCUUACCCAAGACUACAUUGCUAUUGAUGAGGACACGAACAUGAAAGUCCUGACGAAGACCCUGGAGGAUAUCCUGACAGGUGCCAUGGUUGGGAGGGUUGAUGUGUUGCCAGGGUUACUGAAGACUCUGGUAGAGAAACUGAAGACUGUUGUAUCAGAGUUGCCUCCCCUCGUCCCAAAGGAUUUCUACCUACCUGCCCCUCCCCUGUACUGCCCCCAACCUUCAGCUACAAGCCAGGAAUCGGUGAGAUCCGCGGUAGGGAUGGAGAUGCAGCUGCGGAGGAAGGCGGCAUCUCUGAUCCAGCUGAUGCUGAGUUUCCUGCAGGCCAGCCACCUCUCCCUGCACGUCACGCACUGGUAUGUGACCCGACUCCUUCAGGCACAGCACAAGGCCACACAGUUCAAGGCCAACACUGAAGGACCCUGUACAGAGCUGCCGAAGUUCCUCAGUGGACUGAUGGACCACUUGGCGUCGGACUUGAACUUGGCAGAACAUGAGGAUGGGGAGUCCGUGCAGCUGGUGCUGUCAGCUUUCCGUGACGUCUGCUGUGUGGUGUGGAUGCUCCACGCCCGAGACAAACUCUCCCUGUGUCUGCGGCAGAGACAGAAGUACCUUGACCAGCUCAGCUUCCACAGACAGGACAAGGAGAACGGGUCUGAGCGAUGGCUACAGGAGUGCUUCACCAACCUCCAGUGGGCUGUCCACCUUCUGGCGUUCAGCCGCUUCUUGCCAGACGAGGGAUGUGUGUACAAGGUCGUCCUCUCUCUCCUGCUGGAGCUACCCCCGUCUGAAGACACAGCAGACAUCUUGGCGGAGUAUUUCUACGACAUGGAGAACCUCGACGCAGAGGUCCAGGAGAAGGUGGACAAGAUCCUACACGAGUGGCAGACGGUCAUUGUCCAGCCUGAGGAUGAUGGGAGGUCAGCUAAAGUAGAUGCUGAUGUAGACGUUGAUGAUGAUCCAACAGGCGGACAGAAAUCAGUCAGAUUCUUAAAAGCAUCUCCUCGUGGAAAGUCGCUGUCUGUUUAUUUUCACAAGCAGUGUCAAGUUGCUGGAAAAGUUUUGAAGAAAAGGAGAAUCUGUUUCGGGAAUUAUGACGAAUUUGUUUUUGCAAAUUCAUCAAAAGACCCUCGAGAUCUCAAUAUUGGUUCCAGGCCAUAUGAGACGAAGAGAUAUUUCAUUGAAUUUAUGGACACUUUCUGUUCUGUCAGUUUUGGCCUUCUGAUGGAAUCAGAAUUAGAGAGACAUAUUCAAAAGAGAUACCCUGUAUUAUUGCCGUGGGCGGAAGUUAUCAUGAACAGGGAAAUGACAACUUUUCUUGAAAGAUCAUCUCACGGAAAUAGAAAACAUUCUCUGGUUGUACUGACACCAAGAGAUGGGUCUGUUGAGACUCUGCCCAGAGGGAAGGACAGUUCAGUUUUCCGGAGACAGGGUUCUGUGGGAGACAGCGACCAUAUGCGGCUGAUGAAAGCUAAGGGUCUCUUCCGAAGUAAGAGUGUGGUUGAAAUGGGAUCUUCAGAUAAACCUUCUUCUCCAGUUCGGAGGUAUGAAAGUGAGAAUGGCAUUAAUGAGUUGGUAGGAACACCUGCUCGAUCAUCAAGACAAGGCAGUCAACAGAACCUGUCAGAGUUGGCAUCAAGGUUUUAUCAGUCUGAAGAGGCGUUGUAUCCUCAGGAAGAUAACGAUCAUUUCUGGACCCUGAAUGUCAACUUUGGCCGUCGGUAUACACCUCUGAAGAAUCAGUUAGAAUGGCUCGAGAAUUGGAGCAGGAAGCCUCACUCGCUGGGCCUCGGGAAGAAGGAGCAUCAGUUUGAUCUGAGACCCACGAUGAAGAUAUCGAUCCCCGCCCACCUCAUCCUGCUGUCUCUGUGGCUCCUGGAGAACAAAUACACUGGGAACAAACAACCGCUGCACCUUUCAGAAGUGGAGGAUGCAAAGGCUGGAGGUCGGAGGUCCAGGAGCAGACGCCGCCUAGCGGACUAUGUUGCAUUUAACAACAAUGCUUCCAGUCCCCCGGGGGGCAUGACAAGGUCAUCUCUCUCACCCCGGGGUAAAAGCCCCUCCCGCGAAUCCCUGGGGGUGAGGACAUUGAGUCGGUCCCCUCAAGGUCGGGAUGGAGAGUUGAAGUCAUCAGCGGUUCUGGAUGUUGAGAAUAUGAAUGAAAUAUACAAGCAAGUCCUUGAUAGUCGCGAUGACAGCAGUUCUAUUGAUGUGAGUUCUCUGGCCAGUGAUGAACUGGAUGGAGGACAACUCUCCAUCAUCAGGGGCACUGGCAGCCCCCAGAGACAAGGCAGUGUGUCCCUGCUGAACAGAACCGUCCAGCUGCCCGCAGAAGCCAUGCAACAGCCUCUCAACUCCUCCCUCCCCAAGACCUCCUCUUCCAGGGGCUCAUGCAGGGGAGGUAACUCCAGGAGUCCACGUCAGAGCCCAAACAGCACCACCAGGAGUCGGAAAGUCCGGUCUCCAAACCCUUCGUUGAGGGAGUCGAUACAACAGUCGGAGAAUGCACGGCAAAGCGGAGGGUCAGCUGUUGGUGGAGACCUGGCAUCACAGCUGCAGAACAUUGUGCGCUCGGAGAUGAGGAGAAUCAUGGAGGUUCAACACAAGAGCUUGAUGGCGAUGAUGGGUGCUAUUGAUGGUCCCGAUGCUGAGAGCUAUCCUGUCACACCUCAACAACAAGCUCCAUCCUAUAGAGGUCAGGACAGGUCAAUGACUGUGGACGACCUUCACCGCUCACAGCAGCCCCCAAUAAGAGGGGUGUUGAGAGAGAUGCGGAACUUAAGAACAACAACAGAACACUCCAAUCUCCAGCGUGGCCUUUCACCAGGGAAAGAGAACUCUCUGCCACUUGGUAUAUCUGACUUGAGACAUCCCGCUGAUUCUUCCUUCCCCAAAUUCCUACGAAUACCAGCAGAAAGAGAUAUCAACGAUGGCUUCAAACUACCUCACAUCCCUGUCUCAGCAUGGAAUGAUCCGACCCAACAGCACGGGAAGGGAGUUCCCGAAAUGCCGUUACUUCAUCUCAAUCAGGCUCCAGCCAAUUUCUUUCAAGGUUUACAUAAGACAACUCCGGGGCAGUUCCCCAUCCAUCCCCCGCCAUAUGACCACAGUCAGUCCAAUCAGUUAUCAUCUCAAGAUGGCCACCUUGGGAUGCCGUUGCUGAAAAUGCCCAAGCAAGAGUCAGCCUUCCUGAACAUCGGACAACCACAAGGAUUUGGCCGCUUGGUCCCACCGGAGUAUGUGAUCGGUCACCACCAGGAGGUCCACCAGAGGGAGCUGGAAAAGCAGCGCCACCUAGAGGAAUUUCACAAACAGUAUGUCAAGGAGCAGACGGAGAUGGACAAGCAGCGGUUCGGCCAGCAGCUUCUCAGUGUGAAGACACAGAGAGUACAGGAGAGCUAUGGAAUUAAGAGAAGUCCACGAAGAGUCAGGAGAAUCAAGUCUCCCCCAGAAAAGCCAGCAGCUCAAAGUGCUGUCCAUGAUGAGUUGAGUCCGGAGAGACAGAUGGAGAAGACUGAGGAGGAGAUAGAGGAGAAACCUCAGGAGGAAGAGGUGGAGAGAGAGGAAGAGGAGGAGAGCUUUGAGACAGAGGAGGAAGAAAGUGGGCAGGAGAUUGAUGAUGGAUAUGCUCUCAGGCCUGGUGCGUUUGAUGCGUAUCUGCACCUCGGCCGGGCUCUGGGAGUCAGGGACGACAACACAGCCGCCGGCUUCCAGUACCAGCUGGCCAUGAAGAUGAAGGAACAACAGACCAGGAGGAGGAGGAAGGUUGAUUUUGCCACCAUGACACGAGAGUUGGUUGAUGGGGAGAUGUCGACAGACCCUGCCAUGGAGGUUGUACGCACAGCAGAGGCAGCCACAUCAAUAACGAGGGAUACAGGUGUAGACCCAAUCCAGGAGGCCCUGAUUGAGUAUAAUCAAGCCAUGCAAGGGACGGUAGUGCCACCCGAUGUCUUCUUGGGGCUUCGGUUCCCAGAUGGGGAGGCUCAGCCUGGAUCAGGAGGGGCCCCUGGAGAGAAGGGGCCAGGUCGUUCCUACCUGAACGUGGUGGACAUUCGAGCAUCUGCUGUGAUGAGAGAUCUGGCGGAGAGGCCGGCCGAGGACAGGAUACAGCCGGACAUCAGCCUCAAACCUUCCUCCAUCUCCGCUACUGCAGCACGAAGGAUGGGCCAGAGGAUGGAUGCUGUAGAGGAAGGUCUGCGUGAGGACUUGGAGCCACCUCGGCGUUACCAUCAUGAUGCCGUCACCGUCCGAAUGUUUGAGUCUCGGCAGGCUGGGGAAGACAGAGUGUCGGUUGCUCUGAUGCCGAGAGGAAGCAUGAGGGAGUCCAAGGUGGCCAUGAUCCGACGACUUCGAGAAAUGAACGAGCAGAUGCAUGCCAUAGACGAGAUGUCAAACAACAUGGAGUCAGACUUCAUGAACACCCAUCUUAUGCUCAACACCCUGGAUGCAAUGGUGGAUGCUGCACAUCCUUCAGCUCAAAGGAGGGUAACUUCAGAUUCAAGAAGUUCCUCACCAUUAAGAGAUUCUCAAGAGGGCCGUGUAUCAGGCAGACUGACACCAAAGUCUUCCCAGAGAUCUCCUCAGCCAAGCGCCAGAUCAGCACGCUCCAAGAAGUCGACCAGGACCAGUGCGGAUGCAAGUCACAUGUCUGGCCUGAGCGGCAUCAGUGACAUCAUCGGUGAGGUCAUCGCCGGCGGGGGUGUUGACCUUGCAGAGGCUGGAAUAACCACUGCAGAGGCUGAGAUGUUGGCUUAUAAAGCCAAAGGGAGCAGGGCUGCGGCGGAUGAGAGGGUACGCAUGAGUGUGGAGAAGCUGCAGCAGAUGGUGACCCAGGCGCAAGGGAACGCCAACCAGAACGACCAGGAACGCCAGAGGGAGCUGCAAGACUGGAUGGCGGAGAAGUACUCGGAGAGACAGCAGGAGUUCCGGAGACAGAGAGCCGAGCUACGGGAGAGGGAAGUCAGUCCAUUCAAACCAAGCAACCUUGUCACAGAGGCAACACUAAGGAGCAGAGCACUUCAAGAAGCUGAGAAGGAGCGAACAGCAUUCAGGAAGAACACUGGCAAGGAGAACAUGGAAAGACGAUUUGAAGAAGCUGAGAUGCUUCUUGGAGAUAUUUUGGUUGACAAGCCACAACUUCCUAAAGAACAGCCUUCACGGAAAGCUCCACGUAAAGUUUCACCCAAGCGAACAUCGUCCCUGUCACCGCAACGUACUUCAUCUCUGACCCCCAAGUUCAAGAGGAAGACUUCCCCGCCGAGGGCAGGACAGAGGGUGCUUCGACCAACGCUGACCGAUGCAAGUCCAACUUUGUCACUGAGGUCCAGGAACUUGGAAAGAACGAGGGUGAUUCAGACCGACUUCAGGAGGACCCCGAGUCCCGAUAGUCCCACGAAGAAGGGCAUCCUAAAGACUUCCGACAACUUUGAGGAACGACCAAGACGCCAGGAUGGUGUUCUCGCCUUCUCGGAUGAAAUGUUAUUGGAACAAGGACUUGACUCAGACUUUGACAGAACAGGUGGUUCCACAGCAGAUCUUCUGAGUUACGCUCGCCAUGUGGAGGAAAUGGAUGACAAGCCUCUGCCCUUUGAAGGCUACACCAAGGACUCCAGAUCAGAACCCAAGAAGACCAAUGUCCCUGUGAAGCCCUACAAGCCCAAGUCCUUCACCGAGCUGGUGAGACUGCAGCGACCCGAGAAGCUCCGGACAGGUCCAGUGAAGCGGGCGGGGCCCAACUACGUUGAGAGGCUGUCUAGUAUGAGUCGGCAGAACACAGCACGUGAUUCCACAACGGAGGAAAAGGAGAGGCUGUAUGGUUCUAAGCACAUCCCUGGCACAGCGCGGAAGGCGGCCACAGGGCCACGGCGGGUGAAGACGUACGCAGAGCGUCUACAGGAGAUGAAGCCAAGGACGCAGUACUCCACGCCAGUCGUCCCCAGACAGCAUGUCCCAGAGUCAGUGAGAACACGCUCAGCGGGCUGGCAGGCAACGUAUCGGAAGCCAACUCCUAAAGGUCCCAAGCACAAACCCCAGACCUACGUGGAACAGCUGAAGAGACUGAAUGCCAACUCAACCUCGCAGAGAACACUGAAAGGAGGCAAGACAGUGACCAUCCAGCCCCGCACAUUCAUGAAGGCAAGAAAGCCGGCCCAUCCUGCCAAGAAUUAUGUGGAACAGUUGCAGGACAUCAAUGCACAAGCUCCAGAAACUCUCAGGCGAACAGCCCAGAGCCGCAGAUACCCAACUGGAAGGGGUGUGACUCGGCCCCGCCCCUACAGCACCCCCUACAGGUCGAUGGAGGAAGAUAUCGCUGAGGGAUGGGAGGCGAGGUCCGAGGUCAGCGACUGGGUCAUGGAGGAUGAUGUCCGACAGUUGCUGUAUGCAGAGGAUGAUGCGUCUGUUGUCUACACGGUGGGAGGAACAGCCUCAGCCUUGGACUACCCGAUGUCCGACGGUAGGUCCGACUACUACAAUGAAGUGAUGGGCGAGGACGACUACCUCUACCCCAACUCCGUCGACGUUGACGAGAUAUGGGACAUUGCUGAUGCAGCCUCCAUCGGAAGUGGCAGCGUGGCCAGUGUCAUAGACUGGGAUGCAGUGGAUAGGCUCAUUGCAGACGAAGAUGAUGUGUAGUCUUCAUGCAUGCAUGUAUUAAUGGGGCAUUCUUGUGGAGUUUGUGCCCUUUUGAUAUGAUACAAGGAUCGCAAUGAUGGUUACCGUAUUCGGGUACUCUCAACAUUAGAAAUAAGGGGCUCUUAUUAGAAUAUUAUUUUGGUUGAGAGAUAAAUUUCUUGGUUUUUGCUGACAGCAUGAAAUGUAUAUAUACGACAGAUGUAUUUUUCCUGAAUGUAAUUGCCCCUAAUUAAGGGUGCAUAUAACACAUGAGUGCGUAUUAUACACAAAUAAAUAAGACUUUUGUACAUUGAUCAAUCGGAAGGGGUGCUAAUUGAGAUUGUUCACAAGUAGAUAUAUUAGCAAAUAUCGCCGUGGGCACUUAUUAGAGUGGGGCGCUUAUUAUGUCAAAUACGGUAUGUGUUUUGGAUGAUGGAGCUUUAGUAAUUUCAAACUGAAAUCUUGUAUUGCAAAUUGGUCUCAGCAAGAGAAAAUUGUAAUGCCUCCGUGAACAAAGAUUUUGCUGUUUGAAUGCAAAUAAUUGAAGUUUUAGAUAAAUGAAGCACAAUGUUGUUACUAUCUAUAAUCAUUACACCCCGAUGUAUCCUGUGGGUCCACGACUCCUGCAUACUUUCCUCAUGAUAUUUUGAUUCCUCUGUUCUCCUGUACAGUUGAUGCUUGUGACCUCAGUUAGCUGUCUGUGAUAUUAUUUCAUUUAUUUAUCUGGUUAAUGUAGAUAUUGUACACAAAAUGUUUUAUUUAAGUAUUUAAGAGCAGUAAAUCUUUAGUUACCAAGUAACCCGCUCAUUGUAUGUACAGUGAUCUAAAUGCUCAAUUCAGCGGGGACAUCACUCGCUAGUUGGAGACAUUAACUGGAAAUAGUGAUAGCUUUAUCCAGAUAUCAGUGAAUCCAUCCAGACAUUUGUCACUUCUUUUAUACAAGAGAAAUAAAGUACAUAUAUAUUCA